AGCCUGGCUUCAAGUUUACUCAAGCCAACCUGAAAUUAGGCAAUGUUUUAAACGCACAACGUUUUGCGUCAACAGUCGACUUGAAGCGUCAGCGACGCAAGGUUGCAAGAGUUGAAUUUGGUGCCUGAGCUCUGCUAGGAGACCAGACUUGAUAGAUAGAUAGAUAGAUAGUCAGCCAGUAAUUUCAAAAUCAUAAUAAUGAAAUUUUCAGGAGUUCUUUUUGUCUGUGGAUUAGUAUGUGUGUCCGGGAGUCCCCAGGGAUUCUUUGGAGGAUUAGCAAACAUCUUUGGUGGUGGAGGUCGAGGUCGCCCUGCGGUCGGUAGUGGAGGCCGAGGCGGAGGCGGAGGUGGAUGUGGGGCCCGAGGUCCUAAUCAUAGUUUUGAGGGUAGAAGCUAUCUAAUCAGCUGGAGGGCUGGUUGCACUUCAUUUACUCAUGGUGAGGGAGCAGCUUUCUGUAGAAGCCAGGGCAUGCAGCCGGUCAGCUUGGAUACACCUUCCAAGGAGAGAGAGUUCACAGGUCUGGUAGGACGUGAAGGUCAGAAGUACUUCUGGACAGGAGGAACCGUUAACCAUGGUGGUAGACCUACUGUCAGCUGGCCUUCUGGUAGAACUACAUCUUCAGGACUUUGGUCCAACACCGGAGGAGCUGGAAGACCACAGCCCGAUAACAGAGAAGGAAAUGAAUUCUGUCUCGCUGUUCUCAACAACUUCUACAAUGAUGGAGUUCGCUUCCAUGAUGUAUCCUGCCAUCAUCGUAAACCGGUUAUCUGUGAAGCUUAAAAAUCGGCUUAAGCCUGAUCCAAACCAAAUAUUUCGGAUGCAACGAGAUUGAACCAGUUAAAGCCAGUCUAGUCAAAACUGGAGUUUAUAUCAUAAUUUAAUAUUUAUUUAUAUUAGAUUGGUAAAAUAAAAAUCUUUAUCAUUA